ACAGGAGUACCAGCAAGUGUACUACACCUUCAACAACUAGGAACGAAGGUCAUCUGAUCUACUAGGAGGGAGGGAGUGAGCACAACUGCACAAGACAAUCCCUGGAAUCAAUCAGCCUCCAAGACAAGGGAAGGGGCCACCACCCCCAACCCCAUUCUGUUUUCUUGGAUUCCUCCCUGCCCUGCCACUGCCCCUGCCCCUGCCAUCGCCUUGCCCAUAAUUUUUGUUCAAACCCCUGACACUGCCCCCCUUCUCCCCCCUCUAUUAACUCACUCCCCCAUCUCCCCCCUCCUUGCGACCGUCGGAGCAGGCCAAGCCAUUGCUCGACCAGCUUGUUGAAUUCACCCCCCAAUGUGCCCCAGAGCGCACGGCGGCGCCGCGAUGGUGAGAGCGAGAGCGAGCAGUGCUGCUGGCGCGCACUCGUUUACGGAGGAGGAGUACAUCGACCUGGAUCUCAGCUCCUGCGGGGAGUACGAGUUCCGGGUGUGCCGGGGCAAACCGGCGGCGCCCUGCCCGGACGAGCCGGCCUGGCGGGCCAGGCAGCGCAAGGACAAGGUGGCGCCGAGGCCGGGGGGCAGGCUGCUUGACGCGGACGCCGGCGCCACAGGCGGCUGCGGCAGAAGGGGCACCGCCACGGUCGCGCCAUUGCAGCACUCCUCGCAUGCUCCACCGCACGCGGGCCGGCGCAGGAAGCCCGGCAAGGCCAUGCAGGCGAGGCUGCAGGCGUCGCGGGCCUUCCUCCGGUCCCUGUUCGCCAGGACCUGGUGCUCCGACGAGCGGUGCCGCGGCGCUCGGUCCGGGUCCGGGAGCAGGGCCGCGCAUGACAGGGACAAGGGCGUCGGCGUCAGCGGCAAGUCGGCGUUUGGGCAAAUCAACAAGAGCUACGUGAGCGGCAGCGCGGCCCCGACGACGCUGAGGAGCAGCAUUGAGCGGGAGAAGCUGAUGGAGGAGGAGGAGCACGUCCGGCAACGCAAGUCCUUCUCCGGCGUGAUCAAGUGGCGACCGACGACGGCGGCGUCGUCGGUGCGGAGGAACUCGUGCGGGAGCGCCCCGGCCCUGAAGAGGAGCAGCAGCUGCCGGUCGGAGUCGGAGGGGCUGAUCCAGGGCGCCAUCGCCUACUGCAAGCGGUCACAGCAGCAGCGCGUGCUCCUCGCCAGGAAGAGCGUCAGCGACGCCGCCCUCUGCUCCUUCCGUGCCCCCUCCUAGUCCUCCUCCUCUAGCCCAAUUCCUUCCCGUCAGACCUGUGUAGUACUGUAGUACGUGUGCAUGAAAAAUGGCUGAUCGUAAUAUAUAUGAUAAUAAUGUGAAGUGUCUCUUUCAUUCUACGUAUCGCAUUAUCAGCGUCAAUUAUAUGUGUUUCUUCUUC